ACUGAUCAGCUUAGGGUCGUGUUUGCGCUCUUCAUAAUCAGCAAAUCUGGCGGUCUCAUCUACAACCGCGAGUUCCACACGGGCAUGAGCAAGCUCACUAGCAACGACUACCUCAUGCUCGCCGGGUCAUUCCAUGGAAUGCACGCCAUCACUGCUCAGCUUUCACCCAUUCCACCCGUUCGCGCGCCCCCUUCCUCUACUGCCACCCCAAACCUCCAGGCCUUCCCCGUGCGCGCCACCGGUAUUGAAGUUCUCGAGAGCUCGCACUUUCGCAUUCAAUGCUUCCAGACGCAAACCGGAGUCAAGUUUCUGCUCUUCACUGAGCCGCAGCAACCGAAUGUGGACACAAUGAUGAAGAAGAUAUACGAGCUGUACGCAGACUACGUCAUGAAAAACCCAUUCUAUACAGUAGAGAUGCCGGUUCGGUGCGAGAAGUUUGACCGCGGGUUGGACGGGUUUGUGAAAGUGAGGGGGUGAAUGGGAUGGGAGAAGCACGACUAUGGUUCCAAGAUAACAUCACGAAGCGGACGGCGACCUGAUUUAUCUGAUAGUAGGAAUUGGCCCACUGGAGGUUUGCCAAGGUGCUGUCAACAAAGAACAGCAUGCCGCGACAUGCUACAAACUCAUGUUGCGCUGGAGGCGACGAGUGAUAGGAGACAUGGCUUCAAGGUUAAGGUUCCGAGUGUAGAGACGUAGCUGUCAGCGCUCAGUCAGUAACCCACCCAUAGAUGGUGGUCAACUUCGUAGAGGACAGCAAAAACAACAGCAUUUGUCUAUAUGCGGACUGAAGUCU